AUGAUUGACUUAUAAGCUUUGAAUAUUCUAUAAUUAAUAACAUGCUUUUACAUGCAUUAGUAUCGUCUGGAUAUUUAGUAUUUGGGUCAGGUUAUAAUAUUUAUCGUCUCAUUAAUUAUUCAGUCAUCAAAUAUUCCAGAAUUUUACCUCAAUUUGUUUAUGCUUCAUUAGGCAUUGCAUCAAUUAGUGCUAGAUCACUUCAAAACUUAGUCUACAAUUUAUUAUGGAAACGUUAUCCUAUAGAUCCUAUUUUAGCUGAAGAAGAACAAUAUAAUAAAAAUAAUAAUAAUUUUAUCAACUGGGGGUUAAGGACUCUUGGUUUUAGUUUGAUUUUUCAUGCAUUAUUAGUAAAUUAUAAAAUUAGCAUUACUGGUUCAAUUGUUCUUAUUUUAUUAGUGACGUCAGAAGUGAUAAAUUUUCUUAAAAAAAAGUUGCCCAUACAACUUUUACUUGAAAGAUUAAUUUCAACGACUAACAAUCGAAGAUUGGCGUCAUUUGUAAAAAUUGAUUUCGUUCCUUAUUUUUGGAUUAUAUCUACUGAAUUAUUUGGGUUAAUUGUAAGUAACAAUUACAUACGCGCAGCAAAUUUUCCAUUCAGCUUAGCAGCUUUAACUUAUCGUCCACCUGAAGGAUUUAAUCACGAAUGGUCUGUUAGGUGUGCAAUGAACGAUUAUAUGAUGUUAGCUUAUACUAUUCUCGUUACUGAAGCAUUUUGUCAAUCUCAAAUUGAUUAA